AUUACCAAUGGAAGAAAAUGCUUGUGGACUGCUUGAAGAGAUUUAUUGUAUACUGAAAGAGCUUGAAGAAAAAUUGAAAAAUACUGAUCAUGUUGUGAAGUCUCUCACACUCACCAAUGCCAGAAAUAAAAGGAGGCGUCUUACUAAAGAAACUUCACCUAUGUUAAAUGUUAACAGAACACCACCAUAA